AUGGCAAAGAUCAUGUACAUCAUCAGGGUGCACUCUGCAGAAGAGCGAGAUGAUGCAUUGGUGCUUUUAUCGGUAUUGGCUCAUGUGAAAUUGGAGGUAACAUCUCCUCAUACUAUCGUGCUCAGACUCGAAGGAGAGAAUCGACUCGGGAGGCAGACCAUCGAGGAGAAACUCGGGUCGCUACGUUCGUCUGUGAGAUGGUAUCCAAACGAGACAGACGUUGAAAAAUGUCUCAAGACGGAGGAAGUUCGAGCAAAAUAUGAUGUCCAGUGGUAA